AUGGAGGAGAUUCGGCCGUCAACGUCACCGGUGACUCCGCUCCGCCGUAGAAAUUCCAUAGCCACGACAACGGCUGCGAUCACCUCCGACAUCCCUUUCGCGAUCGAUUCUUCGACGCCGACGUCGUUUGAUUUUGAGCUCAUCACCCUGAAACCGUCCUCCUUCGUAGCUUACACAUCACUCAGAGACAUCCUCUCAUCUCCGAGUAGCUCCUCCUUCAACAUACCGUCGAUUAACGGACACGGUAGCAGCUCCACCGUCGGAGAUAUCUCAAUUCGCAACCCUUUAGUUAAGCAAGCCGCUUGGUCUUAUCUCCAGGCAACCGCGCUAACUUCAUCGGAGGACUCUGCCGGCUCUCAAUUCCUCCGCCGCAUAUGGCUCCACUUCUCCGCCGGAAUUCAGUUCCUGCGACGCAUGUUUGACUGGAUUUUCCAGUCGAUUCGGAUUCCUUUUAUUGCCAAAUAG